AUGAAAGAAAAUAUUGAUUUUUUAUUGAAAUCUGAAGAAGAAAAAGAACAAGGAAACAUUUUAUUUAAAAAUGGAGAUUAUGAGUUAGCAAUUUUUCAUUAUACUAGAAGUAUCAAUUAUGCACCACAUAGCUCUAUUUUAUAUACUAAUAGAUCACUGGCAUAUUUUAAAAUUGGAAAUUUUGAUAAGAGUUUAGAAGAUGCUUUGAAAGCACAAAAACUAGAUGAAGAUAAUUUAAAAAGUUAUUACAGAAUAUGUGAAGUUUAUAAAGCUUUAAAUGAUGAAGAAAAUUAUAAAAAAUAUUUAGAAUUAUAUAAUAAUAAAAGAAAUAAUAAGAAUAGUAAAGAAUACAUUGAAGAUCCCAGAUUUAAAGAGGAAAAUAAAAAAUUUUCUAAAAAGGAAAAUUUGAAAAACAAAAUUAGUAAUAAAUUAGAAAUAAAAAAAAAUGAAAUUAAAAAAAGCAAUGAGCUAAUAGAUUUUGGUGAAAAAAAUGAAGAUAAAUUUUUAUUUUUUAACAUUUCAAAAAAUAAAGAGAUAGAAAAAAAUAUAAAAUUUGAGAAAGAACAAUAUAAAAAUAAUUUUUUAAUUGAAGAAGUGUAUGACUUUAAAAAAAAAGAAGACAAAAAAAUAGUAGAUAAUAACAAAAAGAAAUAUGAUAUUUCAGACAAAUAUAUAUUAGAUACCAGUUCUAUUUAUGAUGAUAUCUGUGUUUCUUUGAAUACAUUCCAUAAUUUUUUUUCAGAAAUUUUCCCACUAGCUAUUCAUAUACAAAAAGAAUCAAAGAUAAAAAACUCUUAUGACAAAUAUGAUAUAGAAUCUUUGAAAAAUAAAGCUGAUAUCUUAUUUUCACAAAAAAAAUUUUAUACGGCAUCUGAAAUAUAUAAUGAUAUAAUACAUAAUUAUCAAAAUGAAAAAAGUAUAUAUUACUGUACCAUUUUAAGUAAUAGAAGUGCUUGUUUUAUUGAAAUGAAAAAGAUAAGAAGUUCUUUAUGUGAUAUAUGCAGAACUCUAAGUAUACUAUUCUCUUUUUUUAAAGAACAUAAAGAAAAUUUAAAAAAAAAAUUAAUAGAAUUAGAAGAAAAGAAAAAAGAUAUGUUUGACAUAGAUUUAAAAAUUUAUAAAGAUUGUAAAGGAAUAUAUUCUCAAGCUCACAAGUUACUAAUCAAAUUGUUAUUUAGAUAUAUUAAAUUUUGUUAUCUUCACAAAAAAAAAUUUUAUGUUCCUUCUUUAAAUCAAGUGGAUAUAUUUGGAAAAUUAAAAGGAAAACAUUAUAUAAAUAAUGAUGAGCUUGAAAAAUUAAAAAAUACUAUUUAUUCAAAACUAUGA